AUGGCCUGGUUAAUGAGGAACCGCGAUGCCUCCAGCACGAACGGGUAUGCUGAGAAGAGCACGCGCCAGCUGUCACGGACCAAGACUGCGACGGCAUCGGCAUGCCGCCCGCCCAAGAGGCUCAAACUCAAGUCUUCACAACUGUUCAAUCCCAUCAUCCUCGCAAACGACUUGCUGGAGAGCGCCUACACCGCCAGAAACGGCCCCGAUGGCGACAAGAACCUUGCAGAGGGGACCAAGUUGCUCCAGAGCCAGCGCAUGAAAGAUGCCAAGUCAUAUGAGGAAUGGAAGCAGGCGGCGGACAAGCUGGACAUCUUGGAGGGCAAUCACUAUUACAAGUUUGACGAGGAAUCGGACGAAUGCGAUAUGGGCUUGCUACGGAAGCGGCUGGAGAGACUCAAGCAGGCCAAUCAUGACGACGAUAUCGAGGAGAUGGUGCAGCAGAUCCGCAAUUCUCUCCAGAGGGAUCUCGGUGGGAUGUGCAAUCCACGGCUCUAUCAGCACGCCUGGCUCGGCACGAAACAUCUCAUCGAGGAGUAUACCGAAGUCGUCAAAUAUACCAUUGAGCGCAUUGUCAAGUACUGCCAACAGAGUGAAGAUCAUGAUCUGGUGUUGAGAUACAAGGAGACGAUGAAAGCGGCCAAGGCGUCGUUUGGCAAUACCGCUCUGAUGCUCUCGGGCGGCGGUACGCUGGGCAUGUGUCACGUGGGAGUCGUGAAGGCCCUUUGUCGCGCCGGUCUACUUCCCAAGGUUGUUUGUGGAGCCUCUGCUGGCAGCAUCGUCGCCUCCGUGCUCUGCACACAUAAGCCCAGUGAGAUCGUCUCGAAACUGGAGGAGCUCUGCAGUGGCGAUCUGUCCGUCUUCCAAAGCGUGGACGAAUGGCAGGGCAUUCCGGGCAUGGUCUUGAAUGUCCUCAAAGGCGAUCCGUGCUUCAAUGUCAGCAACCUCUGUCGAGUCAUGAAAGGACUGCUGGGCAACAUCACCUUUCGAGAGGCCAACAACGUCACCGGACUAACGCUCAACAUCCACGUCUCGUGCCGGGACAAGCACAACUUACCGCGGCUUUUGAACUACCAAACGGCACCCAAUGUCGUGAUCUGGACCGCUGUGGCCUCUUCGUGCGCUUUGCCUUGGGUAUUUGAACCGCCUGGCCUGCAAGCGAAGAAUCCGAAGACAGGCAAGCUCGAGCAUUGGGGCCAUCUCGAUCACAAAUGGAUUGAUGGCUCUAUCGAAGGAGAUCUGCCCGCUCGUACCCUCGAGCGUCUGUUCAAUGUCAACAAUUUCCUUGCCUCACAGGUGAACCCACACGUCGGCCCUUUCCUGCCAAAGGAAGGCGAAGACCCGAGCAUGGCUCGCAGAGGACUGAGAGCGGGAGCGGCCACCGCCAUUUGGACACUCGAUGCGUUCAUGGACCGAGGCUAUGAUUAUUUCUUCGUCAAGAUGGUUCAUUCGAUCUUGAGCCAGAAGUACGAUGGCGAUAUCACCGUUCUACCGGACAUAUCUUGGGUGCCUACCACCAAGAUUCUCGCCAAUCCGACGCACGAGUUCAUGAUGAAGGCCACACGGGAAGGCGAGAAAGCUACCUGGCCGAAGCUCGACCGCAUCCACAACUCCGUGGCGAUCGAGCUCGCUCUACACAAUGCAUGUAUGGAGAUCCAAGCUCGAUCAAUCGGUGGUUCAGACUCUCGGCGUGCCCCCUCUACUACGAGAUCCGAGCACGGCCUCUCGAGUACUGGUCUACACAAACGAAGGAGCGGGUUGCCAGGAGGUCUUGGACCUCUUCCAGGCUUCAAUCGAGGAAGACAAGCCGCUCACCGUCCCGUUCGAUCCAUGUUCAAGCCCGCUCUACUUCCUCCAGCAGCGCAGGCCAACGGCACAGACCAUCUAUUGUCUUCCUCUGACGAAGCACGAUCAGGUCAGUCAUCACCACUGACCUCAUACGACGAUGAAGACUUCGACGACAUACAUGAUCCUGACGACCAAGACUCACAACAAGCAGAAAUGGAACAACGAUUACGAGCAUUCCUCUCCCAACCCACUUCGCCCAGCAUUUCCAUGAAGAGCUAUUGGGGUUCGGAUUCGAUAUCGCCGAGAUCUCAAGUCCCGCCGCAGACGCCGCCGUCGCCGCCUUCCCUGGAGAUGAAGAGGGCCUUUAGUGGGCUGUUUAUGUCUUCGAUUGAGAAGCAGCCUCCUUCUUCUUCUUCUUCGACCGGACGAAACCUUUCUGAGCGGAAGGAGUAG